AUGAUACCCAAGACCGAGGCACCGACAUCAUCCCCGCAGUACUCGUUUGACGACUCAGGUUCGGAAUCUGGAAAGAAAAAGAAGAAAUCGCCUCCUUUGCUUACCUUGUCAAAGCCCAAGAAAUCCUCAGGGAGUGAAUCAUUGGAUGAUCAAUCCACUAAUCCACCCACAGGAGAGUCGUCAGAUGAUUCGUCAGUGGAAGAAAUAACUGAAAUUGUCCGCUUUUUGAAGGAUUUGGACAAGAAAGAAAAAGAAGAAGCACGGCGACAAAAGCAAGGACGCAAAAUUGACCGAUCGAGAGACUUGUCGAGCUUGAACUAUUCAACGGACGGGAGUCAAACUCGUUUGGAAGCGACCAAUAUGACGGGCAGCAUAGCUGGCGAGCAAUCAACUAGCUCUGGGGAAAGUUGGACGACAGGAUCUCGUUCAGGUUCUCGUUCGGAUGGAGCUAACAAGCAGUUUUUGGCAAGCAUACUCGGCGAGACCUCGUCGCAAGAUGGAUUCAUCGAAAGGGAUGAUUCGCAAUACGAUAUUGAAGUCGAUCCUAGUCCUUCUACCACCGAUGAACCCAUUCCUUCCACCAGUUCCAGGCCCACAACGCCCACCAUGGAUAACUUGAACUCCACCAUCGGCGAGACGCCAAAUAAGAGCUUCGACAGCAGCAAUGCCUCCAACAGUAGUACGGCAGAUGUUUGUAGUGCUGAUGCACUUGGACCUAGUGCUCCCAAAAAUAGUGCUGCUACUCCUGCUGCGUCGAUCACCGCUGUGAAUCAAGUGCUGGAUCAGGAGAGCCCAAAGAAGAUUGACACUCCUCUUCAUCUUCCGAACCGCAAAUCAGAGGUCCUUCAAAAGAGCGGUCGUCGCAAGAAGGACACUGGAGUUCCUGAAACGAAAGACGAAGCAGACGUAGCGAUGGCCUCGCAAGAGGAUGAUGUUGUUGUUGUUGACACAGAGUACGGAGAAGCUUUUCCAGAGGAUGAAAUGAACGAAACCAAAACUGGUGCCAGAGACGAGCCUUCUUACAGUCGGUUCAUGUGUGGUUUGGAUCUCGGAGAUUUGAAUGAAUUGACUUUGAAGGAUGCACAAACGAAGCUUAGACCAUUCUUUUGCUUUUGA